CUUUACCCCGCCAUCGACAACAUCGACUCGAACACAACUUCAGAUUUUCUGUCUCAACACAUUGCACAUUUUCUAAAUCUCACCUCUAUACCCACCAAUCGCAAAUCGUCGAGCAAUACAAGCCAAAAUGCACGACCCACCAACCACCAAAGCAACAGUCCUCAUCAGCGGCGAAGGUACCAACCUCCAAGCCCUCAUCGAUGCCUCCAAAACCACAAUGCCCUACCUAAACAUCAUCCGCGUAAUAUCCAACAAAGCCAAAGCCAACGGACUGAACCGGGCCAAAGCAGCCUCCAUUCCAACCACCUACCACAACCUGAUCAGCGGCAAGUACUACGAGUCCGGCGAGCAGGACCCGGGGAAGAAGAAAGCUGGGCGCGAAAAGUACGACGCGAAGCUGGCGGAGAUCGUGCUGGCUGAUUCGCCGGAUAUCGUGGUUUGUGCGGGCUGGAUGCAUGUUCUGAGUCCUGAGUUCUUGGAUCCAUUGGCGGAGAGGAAGGUUCCCAUUAUCAAUUUGCAUCCCGCGUUACCUGGGAAGUAUGAUGGGAAGGAUGCUAUCAAGAGGGCGUAUGAUGACUAUCAUAAGGGGAAGUUGGAGAAUAACAGGACGGGGAUCAUGAUUCAUUAUGUAAUCAGCGAGGUGGAUCGAGGGACCCCGAUUGUGGUUAGGGAGAUUGAGUGUAGGACACCAGAGACGUUGGAGGAGCUGACGGAUCGGAUACACGGGCAGGAACAUGAGCUUAUUGUUGAAGGGACUGCAAUGGCGAUACACAGUCUGUGGGAACAGAGGUCGAAGGAGAGCUGAAAUGCAAAAGAAAGACACGGAAAAUGUUCGCAUCGACCUAUUUUUGGAGACCUCGAAGAUGAUACUAGAUGAGGAAGAAAAGGCGUUUGGCGUGGAAAGCACGAAUCAAGUUCGUUUGUCGUGUCAUAAGGAACAUGGCUAAGUGGAGGGAUGUGCUACAAAUGCUCCUUUGGAAGACUUGAAGACUUGGAGACGUAGAUCUGGAUAGCCAUUACUUCCCUUGAGAGCUUGCUUCGAUCUCAAGAUUUCAAGAAAACCAUCACGGUCCGUGCCAAAUGCAUUGUUGGCUUUUGCGAGCUUCGUUAGCAAGUGGGCCUAAGCUCCACAGCUAUGCAGAUUGAGGCUUUGGAGUGAAAGGCUGUCCUUCGUACCUAGGUAGACAUCGUAGAUUCAAAGGACAAAGAGUGGAAAAGCAAAUUGCAUAAUGAAAACCCAAGU